GCAAUACGGCAGUGAAGCUCUUGUUGGAAGUAAUCAGAUGUGUUUUGAGAGUUAAAACAAAGCUUAUUACUGUGGAAAUUUCUUGAAUUUUUCAAAGAAUUCUUCAAUUUAAAUUUCUAAAUUCUUCAAUUUCAAUAAGGCAAUACGACAGUGAACCUCUUGUUGGAAGUAAUCAGACGUGUUUUGAGAGUUGGAACGAAACUUAUAACUGUGGAAAUUUCUCAAUUCUUAAUUUCAAUAAGAAUAUGAAAUUGCUACUGAUGAUACGGAUAUAGCUGAGACCAGAAUUGUUCAAGUGAUGCGGCCUCUCUGAAUCCUGCCAAUAAGAUCUGCUUCAUCGGUUCAGAAUCAAGGAGGCGGUGAAGAAGCCAGCGAAGGAGGAGGAGAAGACACCAACGGAGGUGGAGGAGAAGUCAUCAAAGGAGGAGACGCGAGGAGAAGCAACAUAUGCCUACACAGACGAAGUAUCAGAUUUUGUAAAAAAAUGUCGAAAAAGAACGAUGAAAAGUCAUCCCAGAACGUGGGCAUGAUAUUGAACAUCGGCCGGCAAAGACCCCUCUACCAUGAGCAGUUUGAAUAUUUGCAAAGUUUUGAGAACGCCAACUUCAUCAGUGCGGACUGGGCGAAACUGGCUGCUUCCGCCGUGCAGCCCUCACCAACCACCUGCAAGGUGUCCCGUUUACUAAUCCCUGUGCAAUGUGACAAGCUGGUCAAACUGAUCGAGUGUCAAGAUGAGUUUAAAAAGUUCGACAAGAAUGUGGAGUAUGGAAUGGAGAGGCUUGAUGUGGAUGGUGAGGAAGAGGAGGAAGAGAGGAAGGAAGAGGAGGAGGAGGAGGAGAAGAAGAAGAAAGUGAAACGGAAAUCAGCAAUCAGUUCUGUAGUGAAAGGCGUCGUCGCUAAACUUGUCGAUACUGUAGUUGCAGACGAAGAGGAUCUAAAUCUUGAUAAAGUAGUGUCUCAACGUCGUGUCAGCAGGGAACUGAAACGACUGAAUGCUAGUCUCAUUGAGGUGGAAGAGGAGGCAGCCAGACCCCCAGAUGAUGCCGACAAUAACCUAGCCAAAGUCAAAAAAGAGUACCACCAAACUGUUUUCAUGAAGAAGGACAAAAUUAUCUUUAUGAAGGGUAAUAAUAAGCGGGCUAGAAGGUGUCCGAUGAAGUUGGAUGACCAUGUCUUUGAAGUGGGAGAAGAAAAUGAGGUGGAGGAGGAGGCCACAAAGCGUAGUAGAAUAGACCCCGCCAAAGAGUACAAUACUGACUUGAUCAGGCAGGUGGAAGCAAGUGUAGAACACGAGCUGUCCAAUCCACCUAUCAGAGAUUGCUUCGUGAAACUAGUCAAGGCUAAAUUAGACCAACUUCAAAAACCGAGUCCAAUUGUAAAUGAUUCAGAUGAAACCUCUGAAAACCCGACUCCAAUUGUAAAUAAUUCUGAAGAAAACUACGUUGAAGAAAUUUGUAGUUUACCUAAGUUCAAUCUAAAGGUUCCAGAACAUGUGACACGACCACCUCUUUAUAAAAUUGGAAGCACAAAUGAUGUGGGUCCUUCAAAAUGCAAGAAGAGGAAAAUUGAGGAGAGUGAAAUGGUUAAUUCCAGCCCAUUGUCAAGCAUUGUUAGAACCAAAGAUUUGAAUGGUUUGAAACUGGGAUCACUUUCGAGUAACUCAGAUUUGCCAGCAGUGCAACAGAAACGCGUUUUGUUGAACAAUAACUCAUCUCAUAACUCCAAAGAUGUACCUGACGCUCAGAAGCGCAUUAAAACAUUGAAACCUGUACUUACCCCAAGAAAAAUUGAUCAGCAACCAACAAUACCCUCCCCUGACAAAGAUGGAUCUCCUAAACGUAUUAAAACUCUGCAACCAGCGUUACCCUCCCAUGACAAAGACGGAUCUCCUAAACGUAUUAAAACUCUGCAACCAGCGUUACCCUCUCCUGGCCAAGACGGAUCUCCAAAACUUAUUAAAACUCUGCAACCAGCGUUACCCUCUCCUGGCCAAGACGGAUCUCCAAAACGUAUUAAAACUCUGCAACCAGCGUUACCCUCUCCUGGCAAAGAUGGAUCUCCACAAUGUAUUAAAACUCUGCAACCAGCGUUGCCCUCUCCUGGCAAAGACAGGUCUCCUAAACGUUUUAAAACUCUGCAACCAGCGUUACCCACUCCUGGCCAAGACGGAUCAUCAAAACGUAUUAAAACUCUGCAACCAGCGUUACCCUCUCCUGGCCAAGACGGAUCUCCAAAACGUAUUAAAACUGAAGUUCGGUUCAAGGAAAUUGCGGGCGACUUUGAAAAGACAACUUACAAUAACAAAGAUGUUGUGAGUCGCUCGCAGUAUGAGUUUGGCAUUCACAUUCUGAAAAGGGACAGUGUCAGUGAAAUGGUGUAUAUGCCGUAUGCGUAUGACAUGAAGCACAAUGAGGAUGGGUAUUUCGGCAUGUAUUUUCAUCGUGGCUCACCCGACACUGUGAUGGUGGGACCGUUUCAAAUGAACGAAGACCCCCAGAUAUUUGUACACCGGGGUCGCAAUCCAGUGUGUGUCACACUGGCCAACAAAUGGUGUGAGGACAAAGAUUUCCUUGACACGUUUUGGAACUGCCACAACAAAGUCCUUUUGAAACAUAUCGUGAAAUAUGCCUAUGCAAAUCGUGCCUAUGUCUACAAGACACGGAAGCCACAACCUAAAUUUAUAAACAUCAUCAGGAGAUCACUGUAUGUUUCCAAUCAUCAGACCUUGAAUUCUACAAGAAACUUGUGUGCCGAACCAGCUCCACCGGUUGAACUAGAAAGUACGGAGUCAAAGAAAGUUGAUGUCGAUCCAGUUGAAGAUGGUGAAAAAAAUCGAGUCAGAUCUUUGAGACCAGCUCCACCGGUUGAACUAGAAAGUACGGAGUCAAAGAAAGUUGAUGUCGAUCCACUUGAAGAUGGUGAAAACACUCAAGUCAGAUCUUUGAAAAAGGCAGAAGCUGAAAACCCGGAAACUGGUGACCAACUUGUGAACGACAAUGGAUGUGAGCCUGAAGCUGGAACACCGAACAAGGAUGGAGAAUGUACUACAGAUAAAGUUAAAGAGGCAAAGAGAGAGUCUAAAUCAGUAACCCCGAUUUCUGAGCAGCCCACACUAUCUGACCAUCUAAUAGAGAAAGAGAGACAGUUCUUUGAGUUUGCUAGGAAGCUGAACACUUUGGCGCUAAAUAGUGUGAAGCUGUCCAUCAAAAAUAACGAAAUGAACCAGUCAGUCAAAGAUAAUGUGGAGCUCACCUCUGUUGCUAAAAAGAAAAAGAAGACAGUGACUUUUGCAGAUGAAUUGUUGUUAGUCAUGCCUGAGUCUCCUAAGAAAGUUGAUGCUGAUACUGAACUUGUAGAACAAAAUUCCCUACCUGUACGCAAAGAUGUCAAAAUCGUUGGAUUUGAUAAAGGGAAUCCAGAAGUUAUUGAGAAAAAUAAUGCUGCAGAAAUCGAUAGUCACUUGAUAAAACAAAAUGCAUUAUCUGUACGCAAAGAUUUAGAAAUCAAAAAACAUUUCAACAAAAUAGAAAUUAAAAAUAAGAAUGCAGUGGAAGCAGGAGGAAGAGACUUUGAUAUAAUCAUUAGAAAUGUGGAUGAGAAAGGAAAAGUUGUUUCAGAAGUCGAGAAGAAAAGUAAUGCUGCUGAAAUUGAUAGUUGCUUGGUAAGGAAAAAUGCUAUAUCUGUACGCAAAGAUUUAGAAAUAGUUAGAAAAGGUGAUAAAGUUGACCACACUUCUAACAAUAGAAAGGAUACGAAUCCAAUUGAGCCAAAGGUUAUCGAAACAAUUGACCUGUGCGAGAGUGAACCAACUGUUCCAAAUGUCACGUUGACAGAAACUCGUGCUGAGCCCACUGAGCGUGACAUGAGUAAAAAAAGUGCAAAAGUUGCAAAAAGUAUUGAAAAGCAACCUAAAGUGGAAAGAAAAAUUUACCCUACAAUUGGCUUCCGAAAGAUAGAGCCAAAACCCACUACUCUCUUUUUCGACAAAGGUACGUCAAAAAUGUUUUUCCGAGUCGAUAACGCUAAAAGCAUACUCAAUCUCGAAAAACUUCAGACACCGAAUUCCGCCAAACAAACUGAAGCAGUUGAAGUGCAUAACCCUGUAAUCACAACACGAACUCAAGCUAAAAAACCAGCAACAAAUCAAAACCAGCAACAAAUCAAAACCAGCAACAAAUCAACUCAAGCUAAAAAACCAGCAACAAAUCAAAACCAGCAACAAAUCAACCAGCAACAAGUCAUUGAACCUACUAAGUCGACCAACCAAGUUCAAGUCCUACCAACUACAAGUUCGAGUGCUGCAUCUAAAUUCACUAUAAAAAUGCAAGCUAAAAAUCCAGCAACAAAAGUCAUUGAACCUCCUAAGUCGACCAACCAAGUUCAAGUCCUACCAACUACAAGUUCGAGUGCAGCAUCUAAAUUCACUAUACAAUUUCAAACCAGAAAUCCAGCAACAAAUAAAAUUCCAUCAACAAAAGUCAUUGAAACUACUAAUUCGACGAACAAAGAUCAAUGCCUACCAAAAGUCAUUCAAAUACCCAGAUUUUUAAUUCCAAACGCAGCAAAUGGUUCCCCCAUACAAAUUCAAGCCCUACCAAAACUCAUUCAAAUACCUAGAAUUUUAAACCCAAACGCAGCAACCAAACAAAGUUUCGGUCCACAAUAUUUGCUAUUGUCUCCGUUAACAGAUGGUCAAGAGAAAAAGUUCUCCAUACAGCAUCUGAUACCGUAUGAUGAUGAUGAUACGCCUCAGUCGGCUGGUGAGAAAUCGGUCGGACUAACGAAGCAGAACCCUUCAGACAAACCAAUGGCUCACGUGGUACAAAUUGAUGGCAAAAAGUUUCUACAAUCACUGCCCAGUACUUCAUCACUGUCUGCCACAGAAAUACAGAGUAUGUUGAGUAAGGGAAAUAAUAAAGUCCUGAUAACGAUGGGGAAGACUGACAAGUUGGUGUCUUUGCAAAAUAAUCAAAGUGUGGUGAGGUUGACUAAAACACUUGGACUGCAGGCAACUCAAUCGCCUACAAACAGCAUUCAACCUCCAUCAUCUUCUCUUAAUUUACCAAGUGAUGCGUCCAAGUUAACAACGACUGUAACACUGAAGGAAGCUCCAUCAAUAUCAAUCUCGAAUCUUGCUGAAAAGUCAGUGAGUCAACCAACUUCUGUACAGAAAGUAACACCACCAGAAAAAGUUUCACCAUUCAAAGUAGUUGUUGUCUCAAAUCAUGCAGAAAAAACGUCAGAAUCAACCAAAAGCCAUGAAAAAUCACCGAAAGUGUCUAAAGGCAACCAAACUAACUUACCGAAAGUAACGAUUAAAACAAUUCCGAAAAAAGUUUCAGUCACUGAUUAUGCUGAAAAUACGUCGGAUAUACAAAGCCUCGAAAAACAACCGGAAUUGCCUAAAGGCAACCAAACCAAGGUACCGAAAGUAUCGACUGAGACUCCGAAAGAAGUUUCACCACUCGAAGCAUCCAUCAUGAAUCAUCAUGAAAAUACGUCACAUCCAACAAAUACUCCGAAAGAAGUUUCUACACCUGAAGCAUCCAUCAUGAAUCAUCAUGAAAAUACGCCAGAUCCAACAAAUACUCCAAAAGAAGUUUCACCACUGGAAACAUCCAUCAUGAAUCAUCAUGAAAAUACGUCACAUCCAACAAAUACUCCGAAAGAAGUUUCUACACUUGAAGCAUCCAUCAUGAAUCAUCAUGAAAAUACGCCAGAUCCAACAAAUACUCCAAAAGAAGUUUCACCACUUGAAACAUCCAUCAUGAAUCAUCAUGAAAAUACGUCAGAUCCAACAAAUACUCCGAAAGAAGUUCCACCACUGGAAGCAUCCAUCACGACUCAUCCUGAAAAUACGACAGAACCAAUAAAAAGUCCCGAGGAAACUACACAGCAAGAGAAGACCGAAUUUGAAGUGAUUGAAGCUUUAAAGAACAAUCCGGAGUAUAUGUUAUCUUUCGGGUUAUCUUUUAGUAAUGAUUGGUAAUCAUUUAUUUCUAUAUCAAUUGUUGAUAUUAUUGAUAAGAAUUGAUUAUUAUGGAAAUCUUGUAAAAACUUGAAUAAUAUAUGAUUGUGUACUGACAGUAAUUCUAAAGCUGGAUUCAAUCAGAUUUAAAUCUGAAUCCAAUCAGCUGGAUUCAAUGUCGAAUGUUUUAAUUCAAGCUUGGAUAUAAAUAUCAAUUGUUGAUAUUAUUAAUAAGAAUUGAUAAUUGAUUAUUAUGGAAAUCUUGUAAAAACUUGAAUAUAAUAUGUGUACUGACAGUGUAUACGUGUACUGGAUUACUAUAUAGUAGUUUCAGUGUAGGUAGCUGAUACAGUGAGAUUGUUACUCCUAUAAGAUAUAAUGCGACAAUUCAUACUUGCUCUGUCUUGCUGGGUGAGAAUACUCCUAUAAGAACUCAUGGAAAUGAUAUUUUCACGUUCACUGUGUAAUGUAGCCUAUUAUUUUACAUACAUUUUCACAGUCCAAGAGUACCCAUUAUUUAAAAAUUAAAAGUGUCGACGAUGGUGAAAAUUCAUGACAAGUAAAAUUGGACUGAAAAAUGUAGGCUAUGCCUCUUGGCAGACGGUUACGAGGACGAGACCUGGUACUAUCUACAGCAGAUAGCCGGCCCAGCUGCCAAGAGGCAUAGCCUACAUUUUUCAGUCCAAUUUUACUUGUCAUGAAUUUUCACCGUCUUCGACACUUUUAAUUUUUAAACAAUGGGUACUUUUGGACUGUCACAUUACAACUGGUACUGAUAUUGUGAGAAAUCCAGGUGAAAGCAGAAUUUAUCUACUAUAUCUGUAAUUAUUACUGUAAUACUGUAUCUACUGUAAUUAUCUGAUUAUAUCAACUGUUGUUUCUUGAUUUCAUUGAUAAAAAUUGACAAUUUAUUAGUGUGGAAAUCUUGUUCUUAAAGUCAUCAUUAGACAUCUUUACAACAAAUUUCCUAAAAUCAGAUGGAGUAAUACAGUGUUUUUGUAAUACUAAGUAGUUUCUAGGUUACUAAUCAGUAUUAAUUUUAUAUUCUAUUAGCAUAUUGGUUGGCUAAUUGAGGUUAUAGAAAACCUUCAAAGUCAACAUACGCUCAUUUUGUACUAUAUAUAUAUUCACAACUUCUAAUCUAAAUCAUGUCGCUCUAGUUAACUUGCAGUUAGAGUUUGUACAAGCUUUUUAUUUUGGUGGGUUUCUUGAGAUGAAUUUAAGUUUUAAACUGCUCUCUUGAAAAGUAAUGAUUUAUUAUUCUGUUGAUGAGAAUCACAAAGCUAUGAGCUUCAUUUUAUGGUUUAGUGUGUUAUUUUUAAGGAUUUGUCAAGAUGAAUUUUAUAGUUUUCCAAUUGUUCUUAUGAUAUAUUAUGAUAUAUACAUCUGUUGGUGUAAAUUACAAAGUUAUAAGGUUUAUUUUAUUCUUGUAAAGAUUAUUUUUAUCUACUAAAGAUACAUGUUAAUUUACUACUAUUGUUCAUUACUGAUUAUGAUUAUAGUCCUAUAGUUCACAAUUUUGUUAAUAAUUAUUAUCUAAGAAGUGUUUUGAUUUCUUCAAUGACCAUAAUUAUGUUGGUUAAAUGUUCCUUGUUCUAUAAUAAUUACGGUAGCCUUACAUGUUAUUGACCUUGGUCAAUUCAUACCAGAGUAUUUUGUAUUUUACUCGACUGAUUUGUUUAAUAUAAUUUAGAGAAACCACUGUUAUGCCAGUUUCACACACAUCGAUUUUUGGACGUAAAAUUUUUUGUCGUCUAAGAAUUCUAUCAGAUUGAGCGGAACCUGACGUUUAAUCUGAAAGAAAGGACGGCAAAAUAUCGUACGAACAAAAAUCGAUGUGUGUGUAGCUAGCCUUACAGUAAUUACUUUAAAUAUAGCUUAUUCAUUGUAUUUGUCAUUUUUGAAAUGGAAUUGUCAUCUUUUUAUUUUUUAAGCUAAGAGUUUAAUUUGAAAUUAUAUUUGAUUAUUUUCUUCAUCACCAUAUACAGAGUGUUCUGAAAAAGGUGCCCAUAAGCCAACAUCAAAAGAAGAAAAAAGUUCUAAUUAACAUAGGUCCGAAAAUGCUUGGUUACCUAGUUAUACAGGGUGAAAGAUUUCGUCUGAAUUUCAGAUCCCCUUCCCUACGGGUAUUUGUUGGCUGUUAAGAUGUUAAUUCAGCGAACUUUAUGUAAAAAUAGAGAGCUUGAAAUUUUCAAAAAAAUGUCUAUUUUUCAUUCGUUUUUUAUGUAAUUAAGGAUUAUUUAUUCAUGGUUACGUUUGCCUAUUAUAGACUUAUUCUACAUCUUUCUCUUCGAAAUUAUA